ACAUAUCAUUUAACUUCUGACAUAUUACCCAUUUUUGUAUUUAAAAUAAUAAUUACCAUAAAGAUUGUGGGCUUCCCCGCCCACCCAAGAAUCAAAGAAUGAUGAAUUUGGGCCCCACGAGAUUUAAAUGCCACUGCCUGUAGUAUCAAGAAAAUUCGAGGGCAUUCUCGUAAACCGAAAACUCUAUAAAUACAGAAACACUCCGACAACACAACUUGUCCUCUUUGUCUGUCUGCACAAAAACAAAACUAGAAACUAAACAAGUGACAAACAAAGAAGAUAUCCAUGGGGAACUGCAUAGUUCUUGAGAACAAAGCCAUAAAGAUCGUCAGAAACGACGGCAAGGUUCUCGAAUACAGAGAACCGAUGAAGGUUCAUCAGAUUCUUACCCAAUUCUCUGGUCACAAACUGUUCGACGCCAUAUCCAAUACUCAACAUCUGAACCCUGAGGCUAAACUCGUCCACGGCCGCCUCUACUAUCUCGUGCCUGUCCCUAUGGGGAAGAAGAAGAUGGCGAAGAAAGUGAGCUUUGCAAAUCCUGAGGUUAAACAUCAGGAAGAAGAAGCAGAGGAGGAGGAGAAAGAGAGAUUAAGAGAAGAUGAUGAUCACAAUAAAGAAAAUGAUGACAAGAACGUAAAGGUUGUGAGAGUGAAGAUUGUUGUAACCAAGCAAGAAUUGCAGAAGUUGCUCGAAGGAGGGUCGGUCCACGAGAUGGUGAAUCAGGCUUUGGGCAAACAAGACUCACUUGUAAGCAAUGAUCUUGAUGAAUGUUGCAACAGAGGUUGGAAACCUGCGUUAGAUAGCAUCCCCGAAUUAGAAUAGCAUAGAAUAGAAACAUGUAUACAUAUAUACAUCGGGUUUGUAUAUUACACCCGGAAUAGAAAAGAAGAAUAUACACCAUACCGAACCUUUUGUCCAAGAAAAGCCACAAAAGAUUUCGGGUUCCAUCUUUGUA